GGAUUUUAUCUGUCGUCGCCCUCCAUCCCCCAGGGUCAGGUAGAUUAGACAUCCCGGACAGAGAGACGCUGCGGUACCCCCAAGGAGCUGCCUCUUGUCAAGAGGACUGCCGGGUCCUAGGCCGGAUUGGAAAGAGGGCUCGGCACCUUGCCGGGGGUGAGAGCCAGCGAGCUGCUCCCGCCCCUCUCGGGCUUGCCUCCCCACCAUGGCCGAGCUGAUCCAGAAGAAGUUGCAGGGAGAAGUGGAGAAGUACCAACAGCUACAGAAGGACUUGAGUAAAUCCAUGUCAGGGAGACAGAAGCUGGAAGCACAGUUAACAGAAAACAACAUCGUGAAGGAGGAACUGGCUCUACUGGAUGGAUCCAACGUGGUCUUCAAACUUCUGGGCCCCGUGCUGGUUAAGCAGGAGCUGGGGGAGGCGCGGGCCACCAUGGGCAAGAGGCUGGACUACAUCACUGCUGAAAUUAAGCGAUACGAAUCCCAGCUCCGGGACCUGGAGCGGCAGUCGGAGCAGCAGAGGGAAACCCUUGCCCAGCUGCAGCAGGAGUUCCAGCGGGCCCAGGCAGCAAAGGCAGGAGCACCUGGGAAAGCCUGACUUCAUGGGGUGGGGUGGGGGUAACUCUAGGGUCUGGACUAUAAUAGCUA